GGCCCUCCCACUGACCCGCGGGUCAAAAGGUAUAUAGCAAUGGGGUUCUGAUACUACGCGGCUGGUUCGCUUGGUACGAGACUAUAUACUCGCUAGUCGCAUGUAACUAAGAAAGCUCAGUGAGCUGAAACAGUCCUCUUUAGAGGGCGGGGUCUCACUUGGCUAUAUAGUCUGGUUUAGUAUGGGCGUGGAUUUGCUUGGACUGGAAGCUUUGGAUCGUCUGCAGGAUGUGUUUAACGGAAUUGAUGAGGACAAGAGUGGUUUUAUAUCGAUUAACGAGUUUACCAAGGCUUGUCGUGAACUCUCCAUGACGGUUACUACUGAGGAACUCCACGAUUUUAUUUGCUCUGAUUCCUCCGGUGAUGGCGAACUAAAUUUUGAGGAAUUUUGCUGUUUUUACUCUACACGUCUUAAGAAAGUGUUUGAUGAAAUCGAUACAGACAGGAGCGGGGAAAUUGAUUGGAAAGAAUUGCAGCGAGCUUUUAUAACUCUGGGUUAUAAGGCGACAGAUAGGGAAGUGCGGAGCUUGUUGACAAGAGUCGACACAGAUAAAAAUGAGCAAAUCGAUUUCAAAGAAUUUUGUAACUACUUUUGUUCCCUUCCGUCACCGAGCACUAGAGCUGUGUUAGAAAGAUGGGCAUCUGGACUGUCAAUUGAUACAGGGUCUGACCUAGCACCUCCAGCGUUACCUCCAUGUUCAGUGGAAAUUUGGAAAGCUCUGGUAGCUGGAGGUGUUGCAGGUAUAGUGUCUAGAACCUUCACCGCUCCUCUUGAAAAGGCCAAGAUUAUUGCUCAGACUCAAACUACUCGGGAGACUCAGCUAAGCGUUAGUGGUGUGCUUAGCAAAAUAUGGAGUAAUGAAAGAUGGAGAGGUUUGUUUGCUGGAAAUGGUGCUAAUUGUAUAAGAGUGCUCCCCUUCUCUGCUCUUGUCUGCCUUGCUUAUUACAAUAUGGCGAAGAACUUUCCAUUGGAUGAUGGGUCAAUCCGGAAAAGUGCAGCGAUGAGAAUAUGUUCUGGAGCAAUGGCAGGAGUAUUUGCUACCUUAUUUACUUAUCCCAUUGAUGUAGCACGGGCCAAACUAACUGUGCAAGAGCGAACUACUAAAUCAUACAAUGAAGUAAAAAGACUUCCUGCAUAUCCAGUUCAAUGUACAUUGAACUGACACGCAAGAACAUGGAACCGGACAUGGGGGAAUUUGAAACAAAAAUUUUCAGGCUUUAUAACAAAGCCUAAAGGAACUUUUGAUGCUCUAAAAGUGAUAGCAAAGAACGACAAAAUGUCUGGAUUAUACAGAGGAAUUGGACCUACAAUUGCAUCCAUUGCUCCUUUUGUUGCAAUACAGCAGGUCACAUAUGACCUUCUGAAAUAUAAAGCUGGUAACAUGAGCAUGGAACCAAGUGUGCUCCUGUUCGUAGGAUGCGGCAGUGCAGCUGGAGUUGCUGCACAGACAGUAUGCUAUUUAUCCAUUGGAUGUUAUUCGGCGCAGACUACAGUUAGGAAGUGAUGGGUGUACAAUCUGGGUUUGUGAGGAUGCUGAGAACUCUGAGCCUAAAAGAAUUGUUUGGUGGACUUUCUGCAACAUACUUAAAAGUUAUACCUGCAGCAGCAAUUAGUUUAUUAAUUCGUGAUUCUCUAUUAGGUAGACUGAAUCGAAAUUAACUUUUUGGUGUGGAUUGUUUAUGAUUAUAGAGGAAAUGCUGUAUAAUACUAU